UGUAAUUUACCCUAAUAAUAAAAAAAGAAGUUGGCCUUUUUUUGAAGUCAAAACUAUUAUCAAUUCCCCCCACCUACAUUCACAGUUCCACUCUCUCUCUCUCUCUCUCUCCUCACUUUCUCUCUCUUCCACCAUUCACUUUUGCGCGUGUUCUUUGAUCAAAACACUUUAAACAAACAAAUGAGAACAAGAUCAAAUUUUUGAUCUCGCGAAACUGUGAACCCUAAUUCCUUCGUGAGAUGACUGUGUUGUUGUUGUUGUUGUUCAUCCGUACAGUUUUCAUCGCCGUUUUUCUCGGAUUCUCCUGCCGAGCACAGAACUUCACAUGCUCCACAGAAGAUUCCACUUCUCUGGAGGCUUUCGCUCGCCACCUCGAUUCGGGUCGGGUCGACGGGUGGGGCGGCGGCUCCGACUGCUGUCAAUGGGUCGGAGUCACCUGCAGCAAUUCGGGUCGGGUUAUCGAGCUGGACCUCGCGAGGAGAAGGCUCGCCGGCAACAUAUCCGAUUCGUUAGGUAAUUUGGGGGAGCUCAAAACCCUAAACCUGUCGCACAACUUCCUCAGAGGCGCAAUCCCUAACUCGCUUCUGCAUCUGCCAUUGUUGGAGACCUUCGAUUUGAGCAACAACGAUGUCUCCGGCCAAUUCGAUAACACCACCACCGCCGCCGCUAACCUGCCGUCGAUCAGAGCUUUCAACAUUUCGGACAAUUCAAUCACCGGCGCUGCCCCUGUUUGGAUUUGCAAAAACUCGACCGUGAUUAAGGUUAUUAAUUUCGCCGACAAUCUCUUCAGUGGAAUCCUUCCUCUUGGAAUUGGUGAUUGUGCUUCUUCACUGGAGGAACUCGACCUCUCCGCAAAUUUCAUCCAUGGCGGUUUCCCUGAAGAUCUGUUUCACCUCCGAAAUUUGAAGAAAAUGUCUCUGCAAGACAACCAAUUCUCCGGCCACCUCUCCGGUCAUCUCAUCGGUAACCUCUCUAAUCUUACCCACAUCGAUUUAUCGUUAAACGAACUAUCCGGAAAUCUCCCCGACAUUUUCGACAGAUUUCCGCAUUUGAGAUUCUUCUCAGCUCAAUCGAAUCGUUUCGUCGGUAAAAUACCGACGACAUUAGCGAAUUCGCCGACCCUCGUUUCUUUGAGUUUAAGAAACAAUUCUUUGAGCGGCACAAUCGAUCUCAACUGCUCUGCAAUGGUGAAUCUCGUUUCGCUCAAUUUAGCGACCAACGACUUUCGCGGCGAGAUUCCGAAGAAUCUUCCGGAAUGUUCUAGGCUGAGAACAAUAAAUUUCGCGAGGAUUAAUUUCUCAGGCAUCAUCGGCUGCGGUGGGUUCGGUUUGGUCUACAAGGCGGUGCUCUCCGACGGCAGAAAGCUGGCCAUCAAGCGGCUCUCCGGCGAACACUUUCAGAUCGAGAGGGAAUUCCGAGCGGAAAUCGAGACACUCUCUAGAGCACAACACCCAAACCUCGUACGCCUCCAAGGUUAUUGCAAGUACAAAAAAGACAGGCUUUUGUUGUACACAUACAUGGAAAACGGGAGCCUCGAUUAUUGGCUGCACGAGAAAGUAGACGGCCCCACCUCUUUGGAUUGGGAGACCAGGCUGAAUAUAGCCAAAGGGGCGGCAAGAGGGCUAGCUUACUUGCACCAAUCGUGCGAGCCUCAUAUUCUUCAUCGGGAUAUUAAAUCGAGCAAUAUUCUAUUGAAUGAGAAAUUCGAAGCUCACUUGGCAGAUUUUGGACUUGCGAGGCUGAUUCUUCCUUACGAUACGCAUGUGUCAACGGAUCUUGUGGGGACUUUAGGGUAUAUUCCGCCGGAGUAUGGACAGGCGUCGGUGGCUACUUACAAAGGGGAUGUGUAUAGUUUUGGGGUUGUGCUUUUGGAGCUUUUGACCGGAAAGAGGCCGAUGGAUCUGUGCAGGAAGAGAGAGAAUCGGGAUUUGAUUGCUUGGGUGAGGGAAAUGAGGAGAGAGGAGAGAGAAACCGAAGUUUUCGAUCCGUUUUUGUACGAGAAACGAAAUGCUGAGGAAAUGGUGAGUGUUCUCGAGAUUGCUUGCGUUUGUUUAAGUGAGAAUCCGAAGAUGAGGCCUUUUACGCAGGAGUUGGUUUCUUGGCUAGACAAAGUUGGUUCGGUGCCCGAAGACGAGUUGUCCUAAUGUGGGCUCUCGGUUUUCGAAAGGGCAAUUUUUUUUAUUUCCCGGGUUUUUAGUUGUUCGAUACGAAAUGUAUACUGGAUAUAUGCUGUAUAUAAUUGUUCAGAUUAUGGAGGAAUAAGCAAGUAUGUCAUCUCCUUUUUCUCCCUUGAAUCAGAAAAUGAAAUGUAUAUUUGGUUUUA